GGUUGCAAACUAUAUAUCCUGGGAAGGGGACCCGCUGUUAUUUGUGCUACAGUCCCCGCGGUUCCUUAAAACAACCCUGUAUUCCACGCGUAUUUGUGUGUUCUCUUCUGCUCUCUUGCGAAUAUGUUUGAGCGCGCUCGAUCGAUACACUACUACGACGGAGACUUAAAUGUGUGUAUGUAUUUCGUCAACCAUGAAUGGGCUGAGUUGUUUGUCGUGUGAUGUGUGUGGGUUUCGAAGACGCGAACACCGACGACUGUAAUGACGUAGGAGAACAUCAUACAUACACCUCUGACCAAGCGCCGUAAACAGAACCUGCCCUUCCAACUGUAAAUCAGCCGAGAAGAUUACGUGCGACUGUCUGACAAUCUAUAGUGACACACGACGUCUGUAAAUUGGGCGCGAACUUUUUAUAUGCAGACGAGAAUUGUGGGUUUGACUGUUUGAAACAAUAUCGAAUGGGGCUGGGCUGAUAAGGAAGCGAGGGUAUCGUAAAGGCUACACUUUUUUGAAAAACAUUUAAAAGGUAGUUCCCUCAUACGGAUGGACAUAAGUUAAAAAGAGUACCGUACCUUGUUCUGUUUAUCCAGGUUCGUGAGUUAUUUGUCACGUGAAGAUUGUACCUUACACAGAGGCGGUCUGUAUUUGGAAAAGAGAAGACUUAAAAAAGGAAACGAAAAGCGGCCAAAACGUGCCAAGCAGAAAAGACCAUUAUCAGUGGGAGCUUGGUUUACAAGAUUAAAUCAGUCGAGAAAAGUGGACAAUAUCUGUUUGACUUGUAUACGGUGACAUCAUGCCAUUGAUCAGCAUCAAACUGACAACACUUUUCGUCAUUAUUGCAUUGUCUGUUGUUACCACGGUAACAAAUGCAAGACACUCGUGGGAACGACCCGGCUGUCACAGACUUGCUCACUCACGAAGAGUCCAGAUCCCCGGAUGUAUUGCCUUUCAUGUGAAGACCAACGCAUGUCGAGGCUACUGUUUAUCAUGGGCGUACCCGUCGCCUAGCAACACACGUGAUGCCAACCCCAACCACAUAAUAACAUCACGUGCAGAAUGUUGCAGCAUCGACGAAACACACGAUGUUAAAGUUCGAGUGCGCUGCAUCGAUGGCUUCAGGGAAAUAGUAUUCAAGUCUGCUCGAAGUUGCGCUUGCUCCAUCUGUCGGCGAAGUUAACAACUGGUUUAUGUGUAACAAUACCGACCAUCAUGUUUCGAUAAAAAAAACAAGAAAAGCCCAAUCCUGAACAGACCCUUGUGUGAAUCUCAGACACCAACAACUAUUGUGAUGGGUUAAAAAUGACAGAGGGUGUUACGUUUGUACCCCAUGACUCAGGUCUUUAAUGUCUUAUACAGUUGGACAAAGUAUGUCAUACACUCUAUAACGAUAAUAAAAAGAACAAGAAAC